CCGUCUCAUUAACAUCAGGGCGUUUAAUGGAAACUCCACGAAGUCAAUAUUUGAAGAGUGUCUUAACGCAUACUCUGUUUACACACAGUAGUGCGAAAAAGUUGAGCAUUUAUGACGUGUAAAACACCCAGCGAUGUUGUUGCGUCCGGGACAGCGCGGUGAUGAUGACCUCGGAACCCAUACCUGACCGGUUAUGCCUUGCAACAUAUUUCACCAACGUAAAUCCUAAUAUAAUCUGAUAUGUCAUUGACGCGUUAACGCGACGACACACUUGUCAUCAGCCGUGAUCCGCGUUUAACCUAUCGAUUCGAUAUACAUGCAUGUAUUCGAUGGGUGUCGUUUUCUCCGGAGCUCAGUGACUCCGCGCCGGCUCACGAGCUCGCACUCUUGCGUCACUUGUGCGUCACUUCAUUUUGGAGGAGCGAGUGUACCUUGUUUUUUCCCCUCACCCGUGUUUGUGCAAAACCCGUUUUACGGGCUAAAAUCUUCCCGACUGAUCGCUCAAUCGUCUCUCAAUAAUCCCGGAAGAAAGGCUAGCGGCUCAGAACACACGCGGUGAGGGGUGGAGCCUGACAUGAGAAAACAGUCGAGCUGAGUUUAGCCUGUUAGCUAGCCGCCUGACGGCUUUAAUUCAACACAUUAAACAACAUUCGUGAUGGAGUCUUCAUUCGGGAUGUCCGAUAGCCAGUGUUUGGCCACUGUUAGAGGACAUGAACUGAGAAAUGGACAAAAAGAGCCAAGACUCCUCUCCUUGUUAGAGCGUUCUGGGCAGUUUAAGUUGGAUAUUUUGGCAAACCCUGAAGCAAUUGUAUUAAGCCCAGUGCCCCAGCUGUCCAUCCCCAUCAAUAACAAUUUUCAGAUAGUACGAGAGGCUGAAGAAGCGCUUCUUAUUGACUUCUCGAUUAACUGUAAGUUUUAAUUAGCCUUUUGUUUUAUACAGUGUGUAUAUAUAUAUAUAUAUA